CCGCCACCCCCAACACCCCUCGUGGCCAUCGCAUCAUCAACUAGAUCAUCAUCAGUUUAAGGAAACUGCAUAUCAGUUUCCUUCUUCUCCAUAUAAAUUUCAACCUCACAUCCCAUCAUUUUCACCAUCCAAAUCCCACUUCUUCUUUGUGUAAACUCUAAAAAUGGCUAAAUUUGAAUCGUUUUUGCUUGCAUUUGCCAUUGUUUCCACUUGUGUUCUUGCUGCUCCAUUUGAAGGUCUCUUACCAAAUGGAAACUUCGAACAACAACCGAAACCAACCGAUAUAAAACAAACCACACUCCUCCGCAAAAACUCGUUACCCGAAUGGGAGAUCAGCGGCCAGGUGGAGUACAUCCACGGCGGACCACAGACCAGCGGGAUGUACUUCCCGGUCGCUAACGGCAUCCACGCCGUAAAGCUUGGAAACGAAGCCACAAUCUCACAAACCAUUCCCGUGAAGGCAGGCUCGCUUUACACGGUUACGUUCGGUGCUUCGAGAACUUGUGCGCAGCAGCAAGUGCUGAGAGUUUCGGUACCGCCGCAGACCGGUGACCUCCCGCUACAAACUUUGUAUUGUAGCGAUGGUGCGGAUGUGUAUGCGUAUGGGUUUAAAGCCAAUUCUACUAGUGUGAAGUUGACGUUUCAGAACCCUGGGGUUGAUGAAGAUCCGAAAUGUGGUCCGAUCAUUGAUGCCGUUGCUAUAAAAGAGCUGCUUCCUCCAAGACCCACAAGAUUUAACUUGGUGAAAAAUGGGGGGUUCGAAGAAGGUCCUCAAGCAUUAACCAACUCCUCCACCGGCGUUCUCCUCCCUCCUCGGCAACAAGAUAUCACAUCUCCACUCCCCGGCUGGAUCAUUGAGUCGAUAAAAGCGGUAAAACUCAUCGACUCCAAACAUUUCGCCGUCCCAAGCGGUGCCUCAGCCAUUGAGCUAAUCGCGGGAAGAGAAAGCGCAGUCGCUCAAAUCAUCCGAACCAUUCCAAACAAACAUUACAAGCUAACGUUCGCGAUUGGAGACGCAAAGAAUUUUUGCCCCGGAGACAUGAUGGUUGAGGCAUUUGCUGCAAAAGAUACAUUGAAAGCACCCUUCAAAUCAGAAGGAAAGGGAAAAUGGAAGAUGGUUAGCAUGGAGUUUAAAGCGACCUCGAAGAGAACUAGAUUGAGCUUCUAUAGCUCGUUUUAUCAUACUAGGGUUGAUGAUACGGUGUCACUUUGUGGGCCUGUGAUUGAUCAAGUUACGGUUUUGUCUAUGCGAUCUUAGAAGCUGUGUUUUAUAGGUUUAUGGAUCUUGAAUCCGGGUUAUUUUAUAUGUUUAAGUUGUAUCAUCAAUUUAUAUUUUUUUAUAAUAUUAAUACAUAUCUUGUUUUAAAUUUCACAAA